UAAAACAAAACAAAGACAAGACGUGCUACUAAUUCUGCAAAUCAUAAAUUCUCUCUCACCAAAAUGAUUUCUAUGCUAAUGUUGUGGAAAAGAACAUUUGUAUUGAAAUCAACAAAAUAUCUUUUGUGAAAUAAAUGUAAUGUUGAUGCUUCAUAUGGGCUGUGCUAAUUGAUAGAUAUGGGAUGAUACAAAAAAAUGGUUAGAUGGUCAUCAGGUAAUGUGCACACAAGAAAAAAAUUAUAAAGCUGAAGCUAUAUAACAUUUACAUAUUAAUAUGUUUGACAUGUACAACUUAGCCUCAGCCUCAGCCUCGAUCAUGUCUUGACAGUGUGAAUCUUCUUUUGACCCCUCUUAAUAGAGUGCCACCAAUUCACUUUGCUUUCAAAAGCCGUGAACCUUAGAGUACGUCAAUUGCCACAUGUCAGUCAAAAUAAUUUCAGUCGUGCAUUGUAGCUUGAGGUAAUUUCAGUUGUGAUCUCUUGAUAUCUUGCACCUGGUCUUGUCUAUUAUCUACUCCAUAUGUAACAUUUUAAGAAGAUGAUAUUUAUUGUUGCUUUUUCUGUUUAAUAUGGAAAAUCUGAAUUUAGGUGUUAGCUUUGUUGAUUAAAAAUGCUUUCUAUAUCUUUUAAAGACUUCUUAAGAUGCUAGAAUUAAAUUUGGCAUGUUAUCAUUAGACAUAGUCCUUGUAAUUGGUUUGUUGCCUAAACCAUUGUUGGCCAUUUUUUGUUAUGUCUGAAUGUGAUCCUAAUUUUUUUUGGUAUGGUCGGAUAAUACCAACUGUGCUUUUGAUUUUUUUUAAAUUUUUUUAAUAGUUAGUGUGGUAAAUUAAUUAUUUUGAAGAACUAUAUGUCUAUGUCUUAAACUACAUCCAAUAAAUGAUUCAUCUAUGUCAUAUCUGUAAUUGGUAUGCGUGUGGAUAAUAUACAUUUCCAAAGUUACUUUGGAGUACCUGGAUAAUAUGUAGUUUGAUAAGAAGAAAAAAAUGUAAUUAUGAUAAAGCCAUAUAGUGUUUGUUUGAACCAACUGAAACAAUGAAUGAUUUUUAAAAUAAAUUUUGUUCUAUGCUACGUAAUGAUUUGAUUUUAUUGGAUAAGGGAUGUUUUACGAUAUCUUUGCUUUGAAUCCAUGGAUUGUUUUACUAUUGUUAGAGCAUGGUUUAUUAUUCUUUCAAUUUGGGUGAAAGAACAUGUUAAACACACUUAUUUUAUCAUUUGUGAGGUUGAGUUGUUAAAAUCAUGUUUCCUUAAUUGAGUAUAUAUAAUUUAAUUUUUCUUAAAACAUUUUCCCUCUAUUUUCUUUCCUUCUUCAGCAAUUCACGAGCUGCUCUCUACUCUGCCUCUCUCUCUGUCUCUCGUUCUCAUCAAAUCUUAGUUUUGGUAAAGUGAAAAUCUUCGAUUUAGGGUUCUGAUCCGAUCGCAAAUCUUGAACCUAAAUGGAUGAUCAAUGGCGUCCAGGAUCACCGCAUUAUCACUCUCCGCCGCCGUGUCAAGCUCACCACGGAGACCAUACUGCUGAGGAUUGUCACAAUGAAGCUGAUCGGCUCUAUACGAGAGCUCGAAUUGAUGUCAUCGGACGUCAACUUAGUGGUGUACCGCCUCUGCCUCCAUUUUAUCAUCAUUCUACUCGUCCUCGAGGAUUACUAAUGAGGAACUUGUACUUUUAUGUCUUGUGCUUCUGCACAUUUGCUGUGGUGAAGGCCGGUUCGAGUCCACAGAACAACACUGACAUCAGACUUGAUGCUUUGCUUGCGAUAUUGGGGGAUUUCGGCUACCACCCUGUACUCGCUGAGACUUGGAAAGGGAAUAGCCCUUGUGACAACUGGUUCGGGCUAAUCUGCGUUGAAGGUCAUAUCAAGUAUAUAUUUCUCAUGUCCAUGAACUUGACUGGCUCCAUCUCUCCGCGGUUUGCGGAUCUCACAUCAGUACAUGUAAUCGAUCUGUCUCAAAACCUUCUCACUGGUACCAUUCCCUUCGAGCUGACCAAGAUGAAACUGAGGUUCCUGGAUCUUUCCCAGAACCAGCUACACGGGAAAGUUCCGCGUUUUCAGACACUAGUUCCAGUCACGGAAGGAAAUCCAGAGAUUGUGACUGCGGCGGGGAUCAUUCGUGUUCCUUUAGGGAGAGGUGGCAAGGAAACUGCAGGCGUUGGGGGAUUUUACGUUGGGAUUAUGGUUCUUGGUGUCGUGCUUAUUGGAGGAGCAGUCUUCCUUUUCUAUCUUGCUAAGAAAAUAAACCACCCGGUCUGACUGAUUGUGCUUGUCAAGAAUGAAGUCUCCAACUUUUAUAUACUGCAUGUUAUGUCUAGUGUUGUUGUUGUUUAGUAAGAGAUACUCUUAGUUUGACAAUGAUACUAUCACUAUGUCAUUACCCAAUAUAAGAUUAAAAUAAUUUUUGGAUCGCUUCUGUGUUUCCUCUACAUUGUAUGUUAUGUCAUAGUAUCAUAUAAACAGGUGGAAAGGAGCUUAUCACAAAUAAGCAGCUCCAGUUUUGAAUAAUCGCCAUGCUCCAGAUAUGUUCACAUAAUACGUUUCAAGAACUUUUAGUUUAGAACUCAGAAUUCAGAAGGAGGUUGUUAUAGCAUGAAGACUAGUUAUGUUAAAUAGCUACGGCAUGGUGGUUUUUGAGGUUUUGACUGGGUAACAACAUAUGGAUUCCAAGGGUAGCAGAACGGCUUUAUUUUAUUGGAUUGGGUGAGGUAGAAUAUAGGAUUGGAUUUCAAUAUUAUCAUGCAUAACAGUAUUGUUGAUCUCUUACUUCUUGUUAUAAUGUAUGUAUCCUUUCUUUGUGUAACUGCUUUUGUUACAGUGGACACACUUACAGUUUUUUUUUUUUUUUGCAUUUUGUUUCACCUUUAACCUUUCAUAUUAGUAUGUUUUUAUUCAUACGUCUUUUGUCUUGGAAGAAGAUGGAAGUGAAAAGUUGACCAAAGUAAAGAAAAAACUGUUUUAGUAACAAGUAGUUUAUCCAAUGUGGCAUUGACAAUUGGCUAUGGAUUGCACAGCACGAUUAGCUCAGGCUUAGAACUUUAAUUGGCUCAGGCUCUGCUUUUCACCCAGACCGUUUUGGAAAUUGUCUUUAGGAGCUUUAAUAAGAGUCAUAAUGUCAAAGUCAAACAAGUAAAAGUGAUUUGUUCAACGUAUUAAAAACCCAUAGUUAUGUUCUCGUUAGCUUUUAACAAGUCGUUAACGAAUGAAACAUAACUUCACAUGCAUCUUAGCAUUAAAUUUAACCGAACCAAACACAUAACCAACUUCAUAGUUUCUUGUGAACGGAUCAAAGUCACGACACACGAAGCCCAUGCAUGCACAUAACCAUUACAUGUUCCAAUAAAAGAGGACAGUAUCAUCACCAGUGAAUUUUUGAGGACAAGGCAUUAAACUGUUUCGUGUUUAAAUUACGUCUCUUAAUCCAAUUUAUUAUCCUCUACUCUCAACUGUACUCUGCCACUUUCAUCUUCUAUAUAAACCAUCCCAUUCCAAGCAUACAUGCUAUCAAAUCAAACACAAAACAUCACAUUUGUUCGUGGUAAUAAUACAAAAUGGCUAUGACUUUCUCAUCACUCACCAACCUAGUCCUUCUGGUCUCUGCAGCUGCGUUGCUUGUGUCCCACUCAAGUGCUCGCAACUUGCAGCAGACUCAGACACUGCCUCUUCAAGGAGCUGCUUCUCCUACCAAAGCUGAGGCUCCUACCGUCAAUGCCCCUCUCGACGACCAAAAGAACUUCAUUGUCGGUGGUGCUGCUGGAAUAGGCGGAUUCAUGGGGAUGCCAGGUGGUGGGACCGGUAUGACGUUGCCUCUCCCAUCCGGGACACCGCUUCUUGGUGGGUCUGGUGCGUUUGGUGGUUUGGGUGGUGCAAUGGGAUUUCCUGGUAUUGGAGGUAAUGGUGGCGGUUCUGUUCCCAGCUCAGGAGGUGGUUUGGUGUCUCCAUGAGAGAGUGUCUGAGAGAGAUUAAGAUCCAUUGUCUCUAGCUUUAAGAUGUGUUUAGUUUCUUUUGUGAUCGAGUUUGGAUCAUUGUUCUUGUCUUUUGCUGCAUUUUCUCGUCACUUGUUUAAUGUUGUGUUGUGCUUGCAUGUUGUUGUUUCCUUUCCUUAAUGAAAAAUGUUUUCUUA